AUAGCAGCUCCCGCCCGCCGGGGCAGGGGCCGAGCCUCCCCAGCCCGACCCGAUCCCCAGCCGGCGCGGCUCCUGCGCCCAGGUCCGGCUCUCCCGCUGCGCCGUGCUCCUCCCCAGGCCCGCCGCGCUCCGCGGUCAUGCAGCGCCGGGGUGCCCUGUUCAGCGUGCCGGGCGGCGGCAGGAAGAUGGCUGCAGAGGACCUGGGCGAGCUGCUGGUGCCGCACAUGCCCACGAUCCGCGUGCCCAGGUCGGGGGACCGGGUCUACAAGAACGAGUGCGCCUUCUCCUACGACUCCCCGAACUCUGAAGGUGGACUCUAUGUAUGCAUGAAUACAUUUUUGGCCUUUGGAAGGGAACACGUUGAAAGACAUUUUCGAAAAACUGGACAGAGCGUAUACAUGCACCUGAAAAGGCACACGCGAGAGAAGGUAAGAGGCGCAUCUGGUGGAGCUUUACCCAAAAGGAGGAAUUCCAAGAUAUUUUUAGAUCUAGAUGUGGAUGACGAUUUAAAUAGUGACGAUUAUGAAUAUGAAGACGAAGCCAAACUUGUUAUAUUCCCAGACCACUAUGAAAUAGCCCUUCCAAACAUUGAGGAGUUACCGGCCCUGGUGACCAUUGCCUGCGACGCAGUGCUCAGCUCCAAGUCCCCGUACAGGAAGCAGGAUCCAGACACGUGGGAAAACGAACUGCCAGUAUCGAAGUACGCCAACAACCUCGUCCAACUGGACAACGGGGUCAGGAUUCCUCCCAGUGGCUGGAAGUGUGCGCGGUGUGACCUGCGGGAGAACCUCUGGCUGAACCUGACUGAUGGCUCUAUUCUGUGUGGGAAGUGGUUUUUUGACAGCUCGGGGGGCAAUGGCCAUGCGCUGGAACAUCACAGAGACACGGGCUACCCCCUGGCCGUGAAGCUGGGCACCAUCACACCUGAUGGGGCAGAUGUUUAUUCUUUUCAAGAAGAGGGACCUGUUUCGGAUCCUCAUUUGGCCAAACACUUAGCUCAUUUUGGGAUCGACAUGCUUCACACGCAAGGGACAGAGAACGGGCUCCGGGACAAUGACAUCAAGCCUAGGGUCAGCGAGUGGGAAGUGAUCCAAGAGUCAGGGACUAAGCUGAAGCCAAUGUAUGGCCCAGGGUACACCGGCCUCAAGAACCUGGGCAACAGCUGCUACCUCAGUUCCGUCAUGCAGGCCAUCUUCAGCAUCCCAGAAUUCCAGAGAGCGUAUGUAGGAAACCUCCCAAGGAUAUUUGACUACUCACCAUUAGAUCCAACGCAGGACUUCAACACGCAGAUGACAAAGUUGGGGCAUGGCCUCCUCUCUGGCCAGUACUCGAAGCCUCCAGUGAAAUCCGAGCUCAUUGAGCAGGUGAUGAAGGAGGAGCACAAGCCUCAGCAGAACGGGAUCUCUCCACGCAUGUUCAAGGCCUUCGUCAGCAAGAGCCACCCAGAAUUCUCCUCCAACAGACAGCAAGAUGCCCAGGAGUUUUUCCUGCACUUGGUCAAUCUGGUAGAGAGGAAUCGCAUUGGCUCAGAGAACCCAAGUGAUGUUUUCCGGUUUUUAGUGGAGGAGCGAAUUCAGUGCUGUCAGACCAGAAAGGUCCGCUACACAGAGAGGGUAGACUACCUGAUGCAGCUUCCGGUGGCCAUGGAGGCAGCAACCAACAAAGAUGAGCUGAUCGCCUAUGAAUUAAUGAGAAGGGAAGCAGAAGCAAACAGAAGACCCCUUCCCGAUUUGGUGCGAGCCAAGAUCCCAUUCAGUGCCUGCCUUCAGGCCUUUGCUGAACCAGAGAAUGUGGAUGAUUUCUGGAGCAGUGCCCUGCAGGCAAAGUCUGCAGGGGUCAAAACAUCUCGCUUUGCCUCAUUCCCCGAAUACUUGGUAGUGCAGAUAAAGAAGUUCACUUUUGGUCUUGACUGGGUCCCCAGAAAAUUUGAUGUCUCUAUUGAUAUGCCAGACCUGCUAGAUAUCAGUCAUCUCAGAGCCAGGGGCUUACAGCCGGGAGAGGAGGAGCUUCCAGACAUCAGCCCCCCCAUAGUCAUUCCUGAUGACUCAAAAGAUCGCUUGAUGAACCAGUUGAUAGACCCCUCCGACAUUGAUGAGUCCUCGGUCAUGCAGCUGGCUGAGAUGGGCUUCCCUUUGGAAGCCUGCCGGAAGGCUGUGUACUUCACUGGGAACACUGGAGCUGAGGUGGCCUUCAACUGGAUUAUUGUGCACAUGGAGGAGCCUGAUUUUGCUGAACCACUGGCCAUCCCUGGGUAUGGAGGAGCUGGAGCCUCUGUAUUUGGUGCUACUGGAUUGGACAACCAGCCUCCUGAGGAGAUCGUAGCUAUUAUCACCUCCAUGGGAUUCCAGCGCAGUCAGGCAGUGCAGGCUCUACGAGCGACGAAUCAUAACUUGGAAAGAGCACUGGACUGGAUCUUCAGCCACCCUGAGUUUGAAGAGGACAGCGACUUUGUGAUUGAGAUGGAGAACAAUGCCAAUGCAAACAUCGUGUCUGAGGCCAAGCCUGAGGGGCCCAGAGUCAAGGAUGGGUCUGGAAGGUAUGAGUUGUUUGCGUUCAUCAGUCACAUGGGAACAUCCACAAUGAGUGGCCAUUAUGUUUGCCAUAUCAAAAAGGAAGGACGAUGGGUGAUCUACAAUGACCACAAGGUUUGUGCCUCAGAAAGACCCCCCAAAGACCUGGGGUAUAUGUACUUUUACCGCAGGAUACCAAGCUAAACCUCACAAGAAGUGGCGAGAAAGAAGCCAUACACCUUUUUAAUUUGCCAAAAAAAAAAAAAAAAAAAAAAAAAAAGGAAAAAAGAAAAGAAAAGAAAACAAAACAAAAAAAGUUGGGACAGCUGGACGCAGAGGACUACAUGGUUAUUUAUUGCUUCUUUCAAGAGCAUGGUCACUGGACGCCUUCUGGAGAAGAACCGGGAAGAAAUUUCUAUGCUGGCAGUACUUUGUUGUAGGGAAUUUUGUAACUGUUCAGGAUAAGGGGGUGAUGUAAGCAAGGCAUUGGCCGCCAGCACAUCAGAAACGGAUUGCCUUUCCCUCUUUUCUGCUUUGGGGGUCAGUGGUGAGGCCUCCCCUACAGUGAGAAAAAUACCCGCUUUUUAAAUUUUUUCCAUAUAGGAAAUCAAAACCUGGACUGGUUUUUAUUGGUGUCAUCAUAUUUUCACUUCCCGCAAUAAGUUCUGACCUAGCUGUGUGUACUAGGACAUCUGCAGUGGAAGCUAUUUUUAAUUUAAAUCACAUCAAACUUUAUAAUACACUGUAUGAAUGUGUGUGAGAGUGUGUGUGUGUGUGUGUGUGUGACCUUCGUAGUCCACUGAAAAUCUGAUGGGUUGGUGUUCAAAGGCUCAAUAGUUGCUAUUAAGCUUACUUGGAAAAGGCAGGCAAACAUUUUAACAAAACUAUAACUCAGGAACAAUUGUUAAAAAUUAGUUCCCCACUUGGAUUUUAAGAAGUUCAAAGUGCUGAGCUGUGGCCUCUAAGUGCUGUCUGGCAUUCAUGUGGGGCUGUGCCAUUUGACACCAAUGUCAGGUGCCCAAGUCUUGUCAUACUGUGUUUUGCCAAAGGCACAUAGGUAGGUUCUGUUCCUCGGCAGUGCAUUCCCUGUUGCGUUGAUUUUUAGUUAAGUAACUGGCCUCUGGAGCCUUGUGCUUACUCCCUGGAAUCGUGUUAAAUGCCCAUGGUGUGUCUGAUUUUUCUGGUCUCUGAACUCACGUUUUCACUCCUCUGCUUCUCUGGGGCCAGUCUCGCCUCUGCCAUCGCUGCCAGUCUGCUGUGGCCCAUCGUGUGACCUUGGGCACUUUCAGAAUGUGCUGCCGAGACGCUUCUGUGAUCUCCGGAAAGCUGUCCUGGUCAGCUUGUCCUUUCAGGGUCUCAGCUGCAGCCUGGGAGCGGAGUUCUGGAUGUGCGGUGGAGAGGAGUGAGGGCGCUCCAUGCUCUUGUCACUGCCUGGCACCAAGUCCUAGUCCCUGGACUUUCUAGUUAAGAUGUGUACUUGUUUGAAACUGCAGAAAAAUGAAGAAGCAGAACCAACUGGGCCAAGGUAAAGUCUGGGCUGUGGAGCCAGGGUGUACGCGGGGCUGCCUCAGUUGGCUGUGGGUGCGUCCCUCCUUUUACCUGUGCCUCACUCUCCUCAUCCUCUUGGUGGUUGGGAAACGCCUCCCCUCUUUCUAGCAGGCUUUGAGGGACCUUUGCAGAGCAGAAGGUGGAACAUGGCAGGCCCCGUUAGUGUGUCCCCUGACUUCUCCACCUAGCUGAUGCUUUUUUCCACUUGGGAAUGGCAGAAGGAGGGCAGGGCGUUCAUGGUGCACUCAUUCUUCUGACGCUGUCCUGAGGCACCUUUUAGGCUUGACUCUGUUAUGUGUGUUCCUGACCACCGCUCCUCCCCGCAAGUGGGAGUUCCCACACUAAGCAGCCUUACAAAACACAGUCUCUACAGGGCCCUAUAUUAGAGUAAUGACUGAAUGCACAUCAUCCGUGGCUGGUUUGCCGUGUUACAAAGCAAAGGCAGUAGGGAAAUCUCUGGAGGUUUGAAUUCAAAUGUGGUCCAAAAAAGCAUGUAUAUUUUAAAUAAAGCAAACAUUUUUUAUAAAACUUUGCAAAUUCAGUGGUGUAAAAAUCCACAGUAAAGAUUUUAGGCUACAAACCAUUUAAUUUCAUUAGGCAGAAUUAGGAAAUCAAUCCUUCCGACACCAGGGCAUACUUUGAGAAAGCGUAUUAUGGCUGCCUCUCUUCUGCCUCACAAACACAAGGGCUAUUCACAGCAAGGUUUUAUACAAGCGCUAUCCUUCAUUCAGACUGGGAGCUGGGCACACUGGCGUGAGGAGCAGCUUUCUUUCUUGUUAGAAAUGUGCUUGCAUGUGUCUCCUGGUAUAUGCCAAUCAAGCUUUUCUGGAGUAGCAGCGGGAUACACACUUAGACCCACGCGUGUAGAUGGGACACGUGUGUGGCCGCAACUGGGACAGUGUGCGGGUUAUGACUGCCGAACCAUCUGCUAGGUGUCUCCUGUGUGAGACGCGGUCUGCUUGUGUGGCUCUCUCCACGUGUAGGCGGUUGUACGGAGGACAGAGCUUUCUUCCUGUAAAUAUCUUUUGAUAACCAUUUGUGUAGAUUCCCAAUGUGUUUUUGGAAAAAUGGAUCAAAAGUUUUUUGUUUUGUCAGUUGGUCUAAAUUACCCAAAUUACUAGUCAGAAAUCCGGUUUGGUACCGAUGAGAUUUUCUUUUUCUUCUAAAUGAAAAGGAUCUGGGAAGAAUAAUAUUUUAGUGACAUUUUAUAUCAAUGUUGCUUCGUUGUUUUGGAAUUGACUAGCCUGUUUUCCCAAACCUACAAGAGAAUGUGCCUGCCAUUUCCCCUGCAUCCCUUUGGGCUCCCAUUACCUGAGCUGCAAACUUGUAAGUGGGCUUAUGUCCUGGCAGCCUGUCAGUGUGCUCGGCCCUGUUCUCUGCCUCUGGGCCUUUGUCUCUGCACCAGGAGAUGUUAGACCAGGUUAUCUAGGAAGUCCCUUCUGUCCUGCCACCACAUUUUCAUUUUUCUGUAAUUCUGACCAGACUCGGACCUGAGCUGUGGCAGUCACUUGAGUCUGCAAGGGCUAUUCUAGUUUGUAGGCUCCUGGCAUCGUUGCCUCAUAUCCUAUUUCUGUUCCUGAUCUUAUUUUCUCUGGUAAUCCCAUUUCCCUGACUCUUGGACUCACAACUUUUCAGGCCAUGAGGCCCUUAGCUACUGUGCUUCUCCAAAUAAAAGCAGCAAUGCUGCCUUCAGCUCAGGUGAACAUGCAUAAUAUUUUAAAUUCCCAGUUUCACUGAAGAUCACCUGGGUUCCCAGAUGAGUGCUGCCAAAGCUGUCUGCCCUAGAAAGGGCUUUUAGAAAGCCUGUCUGAGUCAUCAUAGACACCAUGGCUGCUAGAUCUCAUUACAGGUCUGUAUAGUCUGCGAGGAGCUGCUAGCAGAAUUGGGCAGAGCAGAGGAUAGCAGAAGAUACAAUGAGCAUCUGCCUUUUAGGUUAAAAACUCCCAGGUGACAGAAAAAGGUCUGGGCCAUGAUGUUGGUGAACAGGACCACCUACCCAGUCUACCAGGAUUUUCUACUGUCCUAGUUUGCUUUUCAUUGGUGGAAUAAAGAACACAGCCAAAAAACAAGUUCGGGAGGAAAGGGCUUAUUUAAUCUUAAGACUUACAGUCCACCAUGAAGGGAAGUCAGGGCAGGAACUCAAGGAAAGAACCUGAGGGCAAGAGCCGAGGCAGAGGCCCUGGAGGAGUACUUCCUACUGGCUUGUUCCCCAUGGCUCACUUGGCUUAUACAACACAAGAUCACCUGCCAAAGGGUG